CUGCUCUCCAACAGACGCUCGCCAUGAAGUUUGAAGACGUAAACUUGCCACAGUCGAUGUACGAGGAGCAAUUGCAGCUUCAAGCUGAGCUCCUCGAGGAGGCGGCAAUGUGUCCGGAGAAGCCGCCGUCGUUCGAGCUUGACGGCUCUCUCGUCAAACUCCGACCGCUGCACGGUGGGUCGACCGAAGACGUCAAGGUCAUGGCGCUUCGCCUGUACGACAUCUCGUGCGGUAAGGCGCUCGGUGGCUUCUACGGCACGGAGGACUACGAUGUCGAUGCGCUCAUUUGGCGCUACAUGGUGAACGGCCCGUUUCCGACAUACGAAGCUUUUCACGAAGGCCGCAUUGUUGAACUGCCCAACCAGCGCCACUUUGUCGUUCUCCAUGCGUCGACGGACGAACCGAUUGGUAUGGUGUGCUUGAUUGAGCACUUGGCCAAGGAUCUCCGAGUCGAGAUUGGCGCGACCUGGUACUGCCCCGCAGUUCAAGGGUCGGGCGCCAACCGUGAGUCCGUCUACCUCCUGCUUCGGGCGCUCUUUGACAUGGGGUACCGCCGGGUUGAGUGGCGUUGCGACAGCUUCAACGUGCGGUCGCGCAAGGCGGCCCAUUCGCUUGGCUUUACCUUUGAAGGCGUUUUGCGGAAGCACAGAAUUGUCAAAGGUCUCAACUACGACACCGUUGUGUUCGCUGCGCUCGACAGCGAGUGGCCCGGCAUCAAGGAAAUGCUCGAAGGCAAGAUCAAGUCUUCGCUGGCCACCAAGGCCAAUGCCAAAUUGAUGUAGUAGAUAGUCAACAUGGUAGUGAGUUGUGAAGACUUUGCUAGAAGCUCUACUAGAUUCCGUCAUUGCGUUGCAACUGCUUGACAUUCUCCACGCAAAGACCACAAUAAUUCAUGGAAAUCGAAGCUCAUG